AUUUAUCAUCGAUCCAAAGCAGUGAAUAAAGUUCGGUUUUAGUCAAGAGAGAAGAGAGAGGGAAAGGAUGUCUCAUACGAAGAUGUAGCCGUGUUUUCGAGUCACUUUGUCGCAAUGAUUUCUUUGUCUCUUUAUCAAUUGAUCGUCAUGGAGAUUGGCCUCUGGAGAGAAAGACAAUUUAUAAAUUGAAGUACAGGUUGAAUGAAAUUGAAGAAUAUAUCUGUUGUCAGUGAGGAGCGAUAUUUGCGAACGUACACGCGUUUAAUAGUAAUCAGUGUACGAUGUUGGAAGGUGGACGUGCAGUGAUUUGGCUCCUUGUAUCAGCCCCACGAGCUGCACGCCACCCGAAAGAUUCACGUACUAACCCAGUUGCACCUGUUUGAACCCACCAGUUGCAGAGUCCUGCACCGUAACCCCAUGACGCAUUUAACACAUGGCCCGCCUGGAGAUACCAAGUAUAGUGGUGCAUAAAGGCAGCAGGUCGCACAGUCGACCUGAGAGUCCCACGGUGGUGGUGCGCGGAGGAAUGCCCUCACUGCCAUCCUCCAGGCAAGGCUUCAUCAUAAGUGGCUCCAAUACAUCAUAUCAGAAAAACUCGGAGUCAGAUAUGAUAGACGGGAAUGCCAAUCCGAAUGUCGGCUCUUCUCCUACACCGAAUUCAUUCCACCGUAGCUCGCCCUCUUGUCCCCCUGACAAAUCAGACACAGAAAACAAAAACUUUCGUAAUAGGACGAAUACGAAAGUGAAGUUGCUGGUCAGGAGCCAUGCUAUGAGAGAGUCGACGUCUCCCCCGAGGGAGCCACACAACGGAUCGUCGUCUCCACAUAGUCCUCAAUCGGUGGACGGUGAAAAGAAAUUCGUGGGCAGCCUGUCUCCUAAUUCCACUAACACGAAGCUCAAUAACAACGAGUCAAUGUUCAACAGCAAUCUUUGUCCGAAUCAGUCUCCGAAGCAAAUGCGUAACACAGCUACUUCACCCACUUGCCGAGCUCCGUCACGAAAUGGUCAAUCUAGUCCUUCUCAAGUUCUCUCGCCAAAGAAUAAUACUUCUCCAACGAAUGGUAAUAAGUCGGAGAAUCAUCGCUCCGUCAAGAUGACAGGCUCACACGUGAUCCAGAAAUGCAAUAAUUGCGUGAAGAACAAUCAAAAUGAUCGACCUGGCUUGCUUCAAACGCCUGUAUCUCCUUCAAAGUCUGGUCAGGCGUUACAGCAUUCACCGAAGAGCACCAACUUGGCUCAAAACGCGCAAAACAAUCAUCAGAAUUCGGAGCAACGUAGGCCGAACACAUUGAAUAUUUGCAACAACCAAUGUUCGACUCAGUGCGGCAAUACUUUGUCCGUAAGCAGAUCUGGUUCUCAGCAUAAAUUGAGGCAUCAGAAUUCUUCCCAGGGUAGCUUCGAUAGCGCAUCCCCUUGCCUCUCACGAGAUAGCAGUACGGACUUGUACACGGACAGUACUGGAAUAGAUCUGGAGCAUUUCAUCGCAAAAACCAUAAAUCGUAAUCAGAAGGAUCGAACGGUGCUAUUAAAAAUCGAGAAAGAUCUAAUAGGGUUUGCAAAAGAUAAACAGAAAGUUUGUCAUAAAUUUCCGCAUAUGACCUCUUACAAUAGAAUGUUGGUGCAUCGCGUGGCAGCUUACUUUGGCAUGGAACAUAAUGUAGAUCAAUCUGGUUCUAGUGUGAUAGUUACUAGAACAAAAAAUAUGAGAAUUCCAAAUACUCGCUUUAAGGACCACAUCAGAGAUGAUUUGAUUCUAUCUGAAGAACCGCGAAGGAGUAUUCUGAAAAGAGAUUCUAGCUCAUUUGAGGAUAACUUUAAUUUCAAAUCACCUGAUAGGUUGUCUGGCGAUUAUUGUCGACAAAAUAAGAGUUUCGAGGAAAGGGAGGAGGAGUAUGAACGUGCCAGGCGAAGGAUAUUUAAGGAUAGCAGCGGAGAAAGUAGCGAAGUUACUUCAUGGCCAUAUUGGUCCUCUUCAGAGAGCUUCGAUGCUUCUGCGAAAUAUCGUUUAUUACAUCCUUCGGAUCACACGAUGAGGCAAACAAAGCUCUUGAAAGGGGAAUCUUUUGAUGGAAGAGAAUCUUGUCGUGGUUCAGUAUUGAGACCAUCUGUUUCCAAGUCCUUUAGUUUCGGUGGUUAUACCAGGGGAAUGCUUUCUAGAGGAGACAGUGUUACGUCUACUCGUAGUGCAGGAGCUCGUCUUAUGAAACAAGAGAUUAAAUUUGUUGCAGACUCAGGUGCUAGUAUGUGUUCCCGGCUAAGCCCGUCGAGUAGCGGUUAUAAAUCACAGAGUCAACGCAGCGAUGCAACGAUAUCGCCGUCUCCAUCGCCAUCCCCUGUGGCAACCAUGACCUGCAGUCAUACCCAAGUAUCUAGUCACGAUCUCGCUUCUCCAGAAUCGAAUAAUCAAACGGUUAUAUGGGCCGUUACUAGUAUAUCAAGUGUACCGCCAGGUAGCAUAAUUAUAAAUCCGCAAACGAAUCAGCCACAUACAAAUCCGGAUGGUUCAAUUUAUCGCUUCGAUCCAGAGAACCCACCAAAAUUUUAUACUUCUUCUGCAUUGCCACAUGAGAACGAGAGGAAUAACAUGUCGCCCGUCAAAACGAUAGAAACAUCCGAGCCAUCCAAAGUUACAAAUAACAUAAAAGCUGAAAAUAAGAAAAAAUUGCAAUCUAGUAAACACAAUGGUGGUGGUAAUACAACGACAGUCACGCAUGUAACAAAUUCAGCGACAUCGCCAAGUUUGCCGUUUACACCACCACCUCAACAGAAUCCUGGACCAUUACAACAACAACAACAGCAACAACAACAACAACAGCAACAACAACAGCAACCGCAGCAGCAGCAACAAACUCUAGUCAAAUCGUCUUCGACAGUGCAAACUUGUAAUCAUAAUCCAGCAGCUCAUCCAUACACGACCUAUGUACCUACCUCAGAACCGUAUAACCAGGGUGUAUAUGCACCCCCUGUGGGACAACAGACUGUGAUGAUGGCUCCCCAUCCAAGUCAAAGUCAAACGAAUGUGCAAAACAAUGGCCAAGGUGAUGUAUUUAAUCAGAAUUCGGUUUACGCGAAUUAUGCGGUACCUGUACAGCAAGGGCCAGUGUCGCAAACAACGGAGAUAACUGAAUUGUCUGGAUAUUUUAUGGGUAUGAGUAUUUACGAUCAACGUGUAACUGGUGAUAAUCAUUCUACGCCACCACAUUCCUACCCGCAACCGCAACCAUCUACAAAUCAAACUGUGCAAAAUGUACAGACAAUGCCGCAGAAUUAUUGGCAGCCACCACCCAAUUCUGUACCGCCACAACAAACAAUGUACUUUGUACCUCCACCUGGUGCAGCACUUUCGGUUAGUCAGGGUCCAGGUGAUAGACAACAAUUGCAUCAACAACAGCGAUUUGCAACAAAUUAUUCUUUCAAUGCACAAGCUAUGACUCCUCCGAGCCAAUCAAAUUCUAAUUACGUGGGUAGUUAUCCAGUCCAUUACAAUUCGAUGCCUGCUGUAACACCAGCACCAGGCGAUUACACGUAUCAACCACCAGUUCAUAUGGUCCCUACAUACUAUCCACCAGGUCAAACAGCAAUGCAACCACCACCUGUCAUGUACAGAGUACCAACACCACCAAAUACUCCAACUUCUAAUCAAAUGCCUGGGAUGCCGUUGAUGUAUGUUAACUCUGGCAGCUAUCCACCACCAGCGAUGGUAUCUAAUGGAACUUUCGGUCAUCAAGUCGGACACAAUGGCACAUCACCUGCGCCUCCUGGGACCUACAUGGCUCCUGCUUUGGUUCCCAACCUCGUUUUUAGGCAAAACGUUCCUGUCGUUACUGGUGUCCGAGCUUCAACGCCGGGUAACUCUCAGAGAACAAGUAGAUCGCCGACUCCAGCACACGAGCUGUUCGGAAGUGGGAGCGGGGAUAGAAACGCACAACCCCAACCACGUUACCCACUGCCAAUGUAUCAGGGUGUCCAUAUUGUCCAAGGAGAUAUGAGAUUGAUGCAUCCUGCAGUACCAGCUAAUCCGCGGUUGCAGUAUGCACCAGUACCAUCACCACCUGUUGUUCAAGGUUGUCCACGACCAUAUCGACCGCCUUCUUAUUCGUCUAACACUUCAGGCGCUGGUACUCCCACGUCGUUUGAUGGGAGAAAUCAGAAAAUUCGUAAACAGAGGUCCAAAGUAGCACCGUUGCCACCAACAGGCGCGCGGCCCAAUCUUUAUCAAACUCCUUCCAUGCCAUCGCUCUCGUCUAACGUUCCGAAAGAUAUCAGAGAAGGGACCGUGAAGGUGACAAUCACCCGUCGAAAUCAACUGGUACAAUAUUAAGUAUUUGGGCCAAUUUUGGAAGAGGAUCAGCAUUGAACAUAAAGAAAGGACAAUUAAAUCGUUACAGGCUGAUUGAAAAGAACCGCAUAAGCAGCUCGUGGUUUACCGCUAUACAAACACGAUUCUUAUUAUUAAUAUUAAUGAUACUUUUAAUUAAAUAUCUAAGAGAGGAGAAAUAUAAAAAGCACACACUACUAGAAUAUAAAAUUCACAUGUUACAAAUUGAGGAAGAAACAAAGAAGAACGGAAACCUCCCCUAAGAUAAAACGAACACAUUAUACAUCCCUUUUGAUAAAACGCGGAGGAUGAUAUCGAUAAAAAGAAAAAAUGGAAGCUACAUUGAAUUCGUUCACACCGACUACAUAAUAAAAUCUGAACUAUCACAAUAUUCAAAGAAGAAAGAGAAAAACAGCAGAGGAAAAAUUGGGUGUACAAAGGAAGGAUAAUCUGUGCGUUGUUUUUGGCGUA